AUGGCCAGCGAGGAUGACAUUAAGGCCCACCUGCAACUCGCCAUCCCAGACAUAGACACCGUGUCGAGCAUCCGCGACUGCUCGAAAGGCUGUGACAAUUGGGUCUACCUCGUGAGCUACACCACCAAAGCAGACGAUGGGUUAGAGCGAGCGAUUUGGAGGUGUCCUCGAAACCCAACUCCUCCACAUCAAAUGCACAAGGUUGCUUUCCAGGCUGCUGUCCUGCGACGGCUUGAGGAAGGAGGGGUGCGUGCUCCCCGGCUGAUCUAUGAAGACCCUGGGCAGCAAUUCCUCGUUGAGAGUUGCUUAGGCAACGAGGACGCCACGGUGGCCAUCUUCAAAGACGCAACUCGGGACUACGUGGUCCGGGAGAUGGCUCAUGAGCUGUCCCGCCUGCACGCUGCGCUGCCCGCAGAAAGUGGCUUCGGGUACAUGACCACGGAGAAGGACGAUCCGUUUCUGACAUCGUCGUUCGCCCCGACUUGGUGGGCUUUUGUUCACCAGGAGAUUGAGUCCAACACGCGGGAUUUGGUGGGCGACGAGGGCGAAGAAGUCCGCAAGCGAUUUCGGGAGCUGUCUGGCAGUGCCCAGGAUCAUCUCGACAGCGUGACACAGCCCGUGUUUGUCCACAGUGAUCUUGAUGGCGCGAACGCUCGCGUGCACAUCGAAGGGACCGCGGAGGACGAGGUCCACGUUCAAUUCUGUGGGCUGAUCGACUUCGCCGACGGCAUUUGCGGGGACCCCUUGUUUGACAUGGCCACGCUGUGGGACCACUGCGCACUCACAGAGUACUUCGAGACCAUCUUCCAGCCUUUCUUCCGACAGUAUUGCGUCUCCGCUGGGAUCAGUCCAACACUGGCCCAGCUGAAGGUCGUGGCGCUCUACGGCUGUAUGUAUGCGAUCUGGAGGUCGGGUCCUGAACGCACGCUGCGCAUGCUUGAUCACGCACUCGACCUCAGCCACGACGACCUGGAUCGACUCACUUCUGAAGCAAAGUGA